AUGCACAAGACCUACUCAUUGAGAAACGCAAAGGCUCCAACUCAAUCCCAACUACAGAAUCCACCACCUCCACCAGCAACCACCAAAUCAAGAUUUUUCGGUAAGGGGGGUCUGGCCUAUAAUUUCCGUACCAGGACUGCUGGGUCCUUUGGUCCGGAAUUAUCAAGGAAACUAUCUCAACUGGUCAAGAUCGACAAAAAUUUGAUGAGAUCCAUGGAAGUAGCCUCCAUGGAGAGACGUGAUGCAGCCAGAUUUUUGUCUCAAUGGGGGUUGGAGAACGAUGAUGAUGUAUCUGAUAUUACAGAUAAAUUAGGGGUCCUCAUUUACGAAAUUAGUGAGUUGGAUGACCAAUUCAUCGAUAGGUACGACCAGUACCGUCUAACUUUGAAAUCAAUAAGAGAUAUCGAGUCUUCCAUUCAACCUUCCAAGGAUAGAAUGGAAAGAAUUAAUGAAAAAAUCGCUUAUUGGCAUUAUAAGGAUCCUCAAUCUCAAAAGAUUGAAGUCUUAGAACAAGAAUUGGUUAGGGCAGAAGCUGAAGAAUUGGUUGCAGAGGCGCAAUUAUCUAAUAUUACCAGAUCAAAAUUAAGAUCUGCAUUCUAUUAUCAAUUCGAUUCUUUAAUUGAACAUUCAGAAAAAGUGGCUUUGAUUGCAGGGUAUGCUAAUGCUUUAUUGGAAUUAUUGGAUGAUUCCCCAGUGACACCAGGUGAAACAAGACCCGCAUAUGAUGGAUAUGAGGCAACAAAGCAAAUUAUUGUUGACGCUGAAAAUGCUUUGAAUGAUUGGACUUUGGAUUACGCUCAAGUGAAACCAAAUCUUAGUCUAAAGCAAAAUCAAGAAAUGAGGGGUCAAUUCUAUGAAGAAGAUGAAGAAGAUCUACCUGAAACUGAGAAUGUCAUUGUGACGGAACAUGUGACAAAGAUAACCGAACCAGUAGAUUUGAGACCUUCAGAAGAAGCAACUUAA